GUUGCACAAUAACCUUCUGCAAAGUACACAAUCUUUCAUUACACACUACAGUUUAAAUGUAUGACAAGAGUCGACCUCAGAUUCCACUGAUUAAAACCUACAUUUAACCACAUUAUGUGCAUGGUCUGAGCACCAGGGAAACCAGUAUGACAUUCGGUUGAACUCGAGAACAAACCGAGGAUCAGGAUGAGUUCAACAAACAUCUUUCCUCAUAAUAUUUCAGACUUAAAAUAUCAAAAAUUCACUGCUGUCAAACAUACGGCAAUCUGAAAAAUCUGGGUUGUUUCAACUCAUGAUUGAGUCCAAAUUACAACAGGUAACCAUGAGUUGAAACAACAAUGCAGUCUUCAUAAAUCAUACUUAAUGCACUGACAAAUAACAAGUUUGGCUCACAUUAAAAUAGUUCAAAUUAAUUUCAACUAAUUCAAAUUAUCAUCAUAUAAAGUGUCCUUCUUUAAACAUGAAAAAAAAGACUUCCUGAAGAGGACAAACACCAGCAGUCCAUCUUCCCAACAUACCUUUAAAAACACUCAGCUGCCACAUGCAAUGGCAAAAAUAAGACUUCAAUAAAUGAGGAUAUUAGAACUGUGACACAGAUGACACGCCUCCACGCAUGUUUAUCAAGUCUGCUCUGGUGUGAAGUGUGGGGCAAUGCAAAGCCAACCAAGCGUCAACACACAAAUAGGGUGACACGCCGAACACCCUUCUCUCAAAACACAACCCACUGAGGUCUGAAUAGUGAAGACUCAGCACAUCUGAUCUUGAAGACCUGCAGUCACAGGUCACAUGCGCGCCCCCUAGCGACGUAAAUCCGCAACAACAACGGUUUUAAUGUUGCAGUCAUCUUGGCCCAGUUGCCAGAAAACCCUCAAGAAAAAACGUUGUAAUUCUAAAGGUAUGGAGGAUUACGAGCUAACAACAGAAGAUCCUCUGUACGAUUACACCACUGACAACAUCAGUGAAUUUUUCGAGCUAUGUGAAGCCAGCAAAGAGCAAAAGCUGAUCAUGACUGUGAUCCUGACGACAAUCUACCUCAUUGUUUUCUUCUUAGGCAUAGUUGGAAACGUGCUGGUCAUUGCCACCUUCGCGCUGUACCGCCGUCUUCGUCUGCGCUGCAUGACCGACGUUUUUCUCUUCUACCUGGCCCUGUCCGAUACGCUCCUUCUGCUGACUUUGCCGUUGCAGACGGCCGAGACUCUAAACGGCAUUUGGGUGUUCGGCGAGGGGCUCUGUAAGGUAAACCGCAGCAUGUACGCUAUCAACACCUACAGCGGCCUGCUGCUUUUGGCGUGCAUUAGCGUUGAUCGCUAUCUGGUGGUGGUCCGCACCAGGGCCGUGCGAAAGCUGAAUUCUGGGACGCUGUGCUAUAGCACACUGUCUGCCACUGGGGUGGCGCUGACCUCGGUCGUUUUGAGCCUGCCAGAGCUGUGCUUCUCUUCUGAAAUCACAGAGACGGGUACUAAUAACUCAUUAUGCAGCAUGGACGUGUGGGCGGACGAUGUGAGUAAAUGGAAGUUAUGGGCCCAAAUAGCAAAGAUCGCAGGGUUUUGUAUUCCAUGCGUGGCAAUGCUAGUGUGCUAUAGCGCGAUAGGCCGCGUGUUGCUCCGUGCCGGAGGGAAAUGCUGGCGUAGACAGAGGACUCUGCGUCUCAUGGCAUUGCUUGUUGUCCUGUUCCUGCUGUUUCAGUUCCCUUACACUGUGGUACUUCUGAUCAGAAUGUCCACACCCAAACCAACAUGUGACCAGUGGAACAGGGUCAACCUUGAAGAAGAGAUCACGCGCGCCCUGGCGUACGUGCGGUGUUGUCUCAACCCCUUGCUCUACGCUCUGGUGGGUGUAAGGUUUAGAAAUGACAUCCUAAGGUUGUUGACGGACACCGGGUGCAUGUGUCUGUCUCAUCUGACCCCACAGCAUGACAACGGAAGCUCCGUCACGCCCUCCUCCCCUGCCCCGACCCUUCUGUCGCCCCAACCAUCCGCCUACAUGGCCACCAAAAUCACACCUGCUUCACCAACCGCAAGAGAAGAAAACACAGCCCAGACCUUCAUUUUUCCAGCGCCUAGGUCUGAUCAAAUGGUUUGGUCAAGACUUGGUGCCAUUAGUGAUCAUACAGCUAAACCAGCUCUGAAAUAAAACAUUUCUCUGUUCUCUUUUAACAAACAAAAAAAUGCAUGGUCUGAUUUGCUUUACUGUAAAUAGCUUAUUAUCUCUGCGUUUUUGAAAUGCUUAUUCUAAUUUCUAUUUUCAGUUUAUCUUAAGUUUCAUUACUAAAAAGUUGUAAAUAAUACCAUUGAAAACAUACUGUUGUUUUUUUCCCUAUCUACCCCUGAACAAAGUGCUUUUACAAAUUGUUAUAUUAUUAUAUAAUGGUGUUUUAUAUAAA